CUACUCGAAUCAGCCAAGGCCAAGAUGGGAGAGGUUAAAGAAGAGAAUGAAAGGUUAAGACUGUUACUAUCCCAAAUCAUGAAGGACUACCAGUCUUUGCAUAUGCGUUUCCGUGACAUUCUUCAGCAAGAAGAAGAAGCGAAGAAGUCCACCGAGACAGCCCCAAGCCAUCAAGGAAAUGAAGAACAUGAUCUUGUCUUCCUUAGCCUGGGGAGAAGUUCGGGUACUGAGUCUAAGAAAGAAGAGAAAAAGAGCAGCAACCUGAGUAAUAAUGGCAAAGAAGAUGAGAAACCGAAUGGUAAUGAAGGACUUGCACUUGGCUUGGAAUGCAAAUUUGUGCCCGCUGGUUCAACCGAGAAGAACCCAUGCCCUGAAACUAGCUUCGGGAAACAGGAGGAAGAGGAACCAGCUGAGAUAUGGCCACCAAGUAAGAUUCUCAAGACGGUGAGAAGUGGGGAUGAAGAUGCAGAAGAGCAAAUGCAGUUCAAGAAAGCAGCUAGAGUUUCUGUCAGAGCAAGAUGUGACACUCCGACGUUGAACGAUGGGUGUCAGUGGAGAAAAUAUGGACAGAAAAUAGCAAAAGGAAAUCCAUGUCCCCGAGCAUACUACCGUUGCACAGUCUCACCGACUUGUCCUGUGAGGAAACAGGUACAAAGAUGUGCUGAGGAUAUGUCCAUCUUGAUCACAACAUAUGAAGGGAACCACAACCAUCCUCUACCCCUAAGUGCAACAGCCAUGGCUUCCACCACUUCUGCAGCAGCUUCCAUGCUGCAGUCUCAAUCAUCAAGCUCACAACCGGGCCUUGGGACCUCAGUUUCUGCCCCCAACUCCACAUCUUUUGCUGCUCACCUCCAUGGUCUAAACUUCAACUUCUCCCACAAUUCAAGGCCAUAUCAACACUAUUUCCCUAACUCUUCAAUCUCAACUACCAAUUCUCACCCCACUAUCACUCUUGAUCUUACUGCACCAGCCAACUCCUCAUAUUUCACUAGACUUUCAAAUGCACCCAGAUACUCAUCGACAUGUCUCAACUUCUCCUCUUCACCAUCUUCUUCUUUAGAAGGCGCCAUUAAUAACCCACAAACAUCUUGGAACACAGGCCACUUAAACUUUGGGGCACUUUCUAACCAUAAAAAUAGCUUUUUUGGGCCAUUGAAUAAUCUAGGAAGGCAACCACCUCAAGAACACUUGUACCAAUCAUACAUGCAAAUGACCAACCAGACUCCUCAUCAGCAGUCUUUAUCAGAGACAAUAACAGCUGCAACCAAGGCGAUUACAUCAAAUCCAAGCUUUCGAUCUGCCUUAGCGACUGCCUUCACCUCCUUCGUUGGAAAUGGAGGUGGUGUGCCAAUAUUAGACAAUCAUAGUGAAAAUGAAGCGAAGUGGGGUGAGUCACUUCCUCUGAGAACAGCCCUGCACCAUGCAGCUGUAGACAAGGAAGUAGGGUGUGCAUCAAGCUACCUGGGAAAGUCUUCAUCCAUGAAUUCUCAGCAACAACAACAAAAGCAAGGAAGCUUACUACUGUUCCCAACUAAUUCAUUGCCAUUUCCAACGUCCAAGAGUACUCCAGGUCCGCCUGCAGAUGCUAGCAAUCAAAUUAAGUGAUGGGCUAUUGGAAAAGCUAGUGUGUGUUUAACUUUCCACAAGCUAAUGUAGUGGAGACGCGGGAGAGUAGACUAAAGAGUAAAAAGAAUUCUUACUAUUUGUUUUUUAACUUUUGCACAAAGAAUCAACUUUUUGUUUCUUA